AUGGGAAGCAAAGGAGGGUUCAUCCUGCUCGGGCCCCUGUUCAUCCUGGCUGUCCUCUGCCAUGUAGGUCACAGUCUGGAGAGCUACAGCUGUAUUAACGCAGCUAAUGGCCGCACUACGGUCUUCAGUUAUUCACAUAAUCAAGAUACUUGCUUCAUCGUUAAAGCCAUGCCACCAAAAACUUACUACCAGUGUUGGAUGUUUGACCGCUGCAGUUUCGAAGCCAUUGCGAAAGCCUUAGGGGAGAAGGAGCUUCAGUACCGCCGCUGCCAGGAGAACCUGGGUAACAAAAGUGACGGGACGAGUAUAUCAGGGAAAACAGCUCUGUUGGGCAUCCUGCUGCUGCUGGCAGUCUGGCGCUUUUGUCUCUAA